UUGGGCCGAAAAUGACGGCAAGGGCCGUCCUGGCUUUUGGGUUACUUCUCACCCUGUAUAUUGGAUGUGGGAGUGGGACUAAGGAGGAGGAAACGGUUGAAAUAUGGGCGAGGAAGCUUGGAGACGAGCUUUGGCAGCUUGGCACUCAUGUUUCCAAGUUCGACAGCAUCAUAUCGAGCUACUCCACAUUGAAUGCCAGAGUCCUGCCUACAAAUGGAGAGGCAAUUCUCAGCUCCAUAGUUGAUAAUGUUAGCAAACUGUUGAAGAAAAAAAUGGAUGCAGUCAUGUGCAUCAUCGAGGCUGCCGAGGCUUUAGCGGAAGAAGCGGAGACUAACGUUACAGAACCCGUCAACUACAACAGUGCCAAGUGCUCUACGUUCAUUGAUCUGGAGACGGGAAAUGAGACAGGGACGGAGCUCGUAAGCUGUGAACGGGAAGACAAUGACGAGCGGCCGUCAGAUCUUUACAACAACAUCACUGUUACUCCCGAUCUGCACUUCUUCGGGAUUCCAAUCAGUACUAACACCAGCUCUGUACAUAUGCCGACUGAUAUUUACGACUACGCAAUGCCAGUGCAAGCUGCUCUGAAGUGGUCUGAAGGUCUGGACGAAUCGUUUAAGCAGAACUACGAGAGUGAUCCCUCCCUGAAGUGGCAGUACUUCGGCAGUAGCACCGGCUUUCUCAGGAUGUACCCAGCGCUCCAAUGGAAGAAGGAGAACGAUGUUUACGACUGCCGACAAUCUCCUUGGUUCAUAGAGGCUUCCACUUGCUCCAAAGAUGUUGUCAUUCUCUUAGACAGGUCAGGAUCAAUGAAGGGGAUGAGUGACUCUAUAGCUAAACUGGCCGUCACACAGAUUCUGUCAACCUUCAGUAAUAAUGACUUCAUCAACAUCAUCGGCUUCAACACCUCGCUGCUGGACAUGGUUCCUUGCUUCAAAAAAGAUAUGCUUGUUCAGGCUACAGAAGAGAACAUAAGGACUUUUAGAGACUAUGUACUUGAGAGUCAACCGACAGGAAAAGCCAAUUUUACUACUGCUUUUACCGGAGCUUUCACAUUACUUCAGAAGUACCGAGAAACAAAAACCUGUCCGGACAAGACAUGUAACCAGGCGAUCAUGCUGAUAACGGACAGCGUAGCCGGAAACUUAACCGAGGUGUUCGAGACUUACAACUGGUUCCAGAACAGAACGCAGAUUCCUGUCAGAGUGUUCACUUAUCUGAUCGGAAAAGAGGUCACAAAAGUGAGGGAGAUUCAAUGGAUGGCGUGUCUAAAUCGAGGUUACUACGUUCACAUAGAAGCUCACAGUGAAGUACGAGACCAAAUACUCAAGUACAUUCCAGUCAUCGCCAGACCUUUAGUCCUGCAAGCUGUUGAUCACCCGUUGUCUUGGACACAUUCUUUUAUCGACUUCAAGGACCCCAAAGUAGAGAGAUGGCUGAUAGAUUCGAUGGCGUUCGCUGAACAGGAAGAACGUCUAUCUAAGCACACGGCAACUCAGAACAACUACUUUUCCCAGAGUAAACAAGACAAUUUGUAUAUUCUGAGAUUUAAGAAGGGAGCUGAAGAUGGUGGGCUAGAGGUGACAUUCUGUGAAGGGAUGCAGAAAAUAUACGAAGAAGAAGAAUUCAACCUUACACCAAAACUGCAAGAGUACCAUUUGAUGACAUCGGUGUCAGGACCCGCUUUUGACCAUAAAGUAAACCGUGGAAAUGAGUCUAGGGAAGCACAGCUCUUAGGGGUGGCUGGGACUGAUGUCCCCAUCAAGGACAUUGAGAAACUAACCUUACCUUACAAGAUUGGAGCCAAUGGUUAUGCAUUUAUGAUAACAAACAACGGUUACAUGAUGAUGCACCCAGACUUCAGACCUGUGUCACAAGGCAAGUUGAGAGCAAACUACGGCAGUGUGGACUUGACAGAGGUUGAACUGAUGGACGAUGAUGAGAUUACUCCGAGACAACCCCACGAGAAGAUAUUGCAGCUGCGAGAGGCUAUGAUCAACAAGACAGGAGGCCAAGUUAGCAAUAUUCCUCAUCUCAAUAUGAAAUUUCAUUACGAUGACAUGAAACGAGUCGGAGCUGAGAGUCGGAACUACUACUUUGCUGGUAUCGAGGGGACUCCGUUCACCAUGGGCCUGGCACUGCCAGAGGGCUACGGGAACUACUGGAUCAAGGCAGGAAACAUCAUAAAACGCUCAAAACUGGAAGGUGUUCCUCUCACUAGCUACUUCACCGGCAACUGGAAGGUUCAUCCAGACUGGGUGUACUGUGACCAUUUCAUUGCUCGAAAAGACAUGACCCAUGAAGAGAAACUGGUUUACUUUCUUAAGAAAAUUCAGAAUGAAAAACUUGGGACUCAAAACGGAUGGAAGACGAAGGUUCAAUUCCCACCAGAGCCCGCUUAUAAAGACGGAGAUCUUAAUUAUACAUGCAACACUAACAAAGUGAAAGAAGACGAAUAUUUCUGUGACGUGGAGUUGAUGCAACUUCUGGUGUUUGAUGCUAAAAGCACCGACUCAUCUUACAAAGACGUGGUGUGGACUCCUGACAACAAUAUUGAGAGGGAUUUGGUAAAGAAGUACGGAGUAUCAGUGAGGUUUGUAGCAACCCAGAGCGGACUUACGAGAUGGCAACACAUUACGGAACUUGCGGACGGAGAGCUAGAGUUUGGCGAGACGAACAACAAGGCGGUGGGAGAACCUUGGUACCGAGCAGCUGUUUUGCAACACUACAUCAACGAUGAAGACUUUGUGUUCUCAGUGCCUUUUGAUUCAGGCAACGUAGACAACCUCACAGUGACUGCUAGUUACGCCAUCUUCCGCCGAGAUGGAGGCAAUGAAGCGCCCGGAUCUGUGGUGGGCUUCCACCUCAGCCAUUCUGCGUUGUUUGACCGCUUCAGAGAUGUUACGGCAAAGACCAAUUGUAAAGACUGCCUAGACCCGUGCACCUCUGACACGACUGAUUGUUACGUCAUUGACGGCAACGGCUACAUCCUGGUGUCGGAGAACCGACAGGAGACAGGAACGUUCUUUGGCCGGAAGGAGGGAGCGAUCAUGGAGGAUAUGAUCUUGAAGAAGAUCUUCCGGAAGAUUCCGAUGUUCGACUAUCAAGCUAUCUGCUUUGAAGUCACACACUUGAACAAUGCAGCUGACAUUCUGUGGACGCCUAUUCGCUACUUCCAAUGGAUUAUGCAUUGGUUUCUAUCACACAUUGCUUGGCUCAUUGUGGAAGCAAACUGGAAUGAAGUUUUAGCGGCGAAAUUCACUCAUGAGGUGGCAGACAUUGAUGAUGACUACUAUGAUAUGGAAGCAGAUAACAUCACCACAACGCCGAUGCCGACCAUAGACAUCAGAACGGUGAAGGCUACGAAGGCUUGCAAGUCUUGUGACAAGUUCGGUUAUCUCUAUCUUCUACAGAGCACCGAGAAGCAGGCCAAAUACAGAUCUUCCCAUGAGGAUCCUUGCCACAGGCCAUACUUUGUUAGGCGGAUCCCUCACACGAAUCUUCUGCUGAUAGUUGUGAAGGCUUUGUACGCUACAUGUUCCAAAGAUGAGACGACAGAGUUUUCCGAACUUCAUUACGAGGACGAGCCAGAACCUCAGAUACCAAGCUGUGUCAAGAUGUAUCUCAACGAUCUUCCUCGAAGGAGGCUUUCGGGAUGUUACAACCAGCAUCCUCAGGAACUGGAGAUUGAUAGAUGUGGAAGAGGCUCGGCUCUGACUACAAGUUUGCUCUCGUUACUUCCGUCUCUGUGGAUAAUCGUCAAAUACUGCUUAUAACAUUGUCCUUUCCUGUGUACAACUCUCUCAACCUAGACGAGGAAGGAUAAUCAUCUUCUACUUGAUUCAUCCACUGACAGAUACGUGAGAUGAAUCGUUCUUCUACAAUAUUAUGAUCUCCAAACUGCAUAGAAUCAUUGAGCAUACUGUAGUAGACAUGCUACCAUUCCCACCUUCAUGGACUAGAAACAGCAAAUAGAACAAUCGAAUGAGCCAGAGUGUACUUAAUUGCAGUUCUAUUUUGUCCCCUAGUUUUUGAUUCGUUGAAUUUGAGUUCUAUCCGCAUAUCAUAUGCGGUUACACAAUGUUGACCUUUCAGUUGCAUUUGGAUAAAAAUAUGGCUUCCAAGAAAAUAGCAUUUGACAAUGUAAUCGGUGGCUCAACUCAACUGACAUUCUCACUUAAAAGCUGGUCACAAAAAUGGGAAUGGGAUGCCUAUGUUUAUCAAUAGUAGAUAGCAUAUAGAUAUACCAAAACAUUUUAAUUGGUUUUCCAGAUAUAGUUCUAAUGUGGUUAAACAUCCAACUGAAGGAUCUAGAACUCUAGAAAUACAUGAAACACUAUGGGGGCGAAACCCUAAACGUUUAACAUUCGUCCCUACGCUAUGUCAUAAACUUUAAAAUGACACCUCAAUUGUAGAAAUUUGUUAAGUAGGGCUGUAAGAGGGAUUGUAAAACUUUUGAAUGAAGUGUAAAUAAACUAUCCUGUAUAGUAUACUGUAGUUUGCAUUUAUAAAUGUAGGGCGAGGAACUCUUUUUGACAUUGAUUACUGUUCAAACUGAAAUGACCAAAGAAUGAAUAAAAAUUAGUUAGAUUAGCUAAGGCUAAAUAAUUGGCCAUAGAACGAUUGGCACACAUUUUUAAACGAUUUGGAAUAGCACGACUGGCACUAUCAUUAGAGGGGAUUAAGAAGGGUCAACCUGUAAGGUUUGAAGAGGCACGAUUGGCACAAACAGCCCGGCCAGGUAGUAGCAGCCAAAUUCCCUGCUGUGGUGCUUAUUGAAGUAAGCAAAGUUUAAGUUUUCCUAAAUAAAAACUAAAAUCAACCUCACCUAAAUUAAACAUUUAAUUUUCUAUGGAAAAAUUAACUAUGUGAUAUUAUCGGCAAAUGACUGUCGUGCAGAGUUAAAAUUCCCGUUUCCCUCGUUCGAUGACAUCUACCUCGUCGAGCGGUUGUGCCAAUCGUGCCUUUUCUAAGCAGGCGAGUUGACCCUACUUAUUCUGCUCAAAUGAUUGUGGCAAUACUGCCAUAGGCAGAAGGUCCAAAAAUGUGUGCCAAUCGUAUGGUCCCCAAAUAAUUUGGGGUAUAUUCUUAAAGCCUAAAAGCACCAGAAGUGUUUUUGUUUUUAUAAUAAUUCCAAAGAUUCAAUGUGAGUUUUACAGUAUUUGGAAUAGAAAAAGAUAAAUAUGUUUUAAUACCCAGAUUUGAUUAGGUAUGUUGUUGGUUGUUGUUUUUUUAAAACCUUCUUUCAUACUUUAUUGUACUGUAACCACAUACUAUAUGUGUAAACCUAUUUCCUAUGUAUCGUAGCUAUAGAAAUAAUAAAUCUAUUGAAUGUUG